AUGGACUAUCACGCAGUUCACGGCUACGAUAUAGCAAGCUUUAAUGCACCAGGCACUCACCGGCUACCGACUGUAUCAGCUUCACAAGCUCUUGAUGACAUUGGUGGCAACGCGCCAACUCAUAUCUCUACCGGAAUAGAAGGGCUAGAUCAUGCUCUGCUCGGUACGGUACCUGUUGAAUCUCAAGACACUGCUCUUAAAGGUGGUGUUCGACGAGGCCAGGUGACAGAAAUCUGGGGUCCUCCGGGGACUGGCAAGACAGCUUUGGGUCUACAGCUUGCAGCGCAUGCAUUACGCGAUGGAGAUGCAGUGGUCUGGAUUGCUUCCAAGCUUUACAACAUGACAGACUUCGAGCAACCACCAAGGCGGUAA